CCCCCCCGUGCACCCCUCUGUGCAGCCGCCCCCUGCGCCCCUCUGCAACUGCCCCCGCGUGCGCCCCCGGAUGCGCAGCCACGGCCCCCCCGUGCAGUCCCCUCUCCUUGCGCCCCGAGCAGCCCCUCCGCUCCCCGCUUUGCACCCCCUGCGCCCUGCCUGCGCCCUCCGCGCUCUGCACCUCUGUGCAAGCCCCCACCCGCUGUGCAUGCACCCCCGCUGCAGCCCCUUCGCUCUUCGGUGCACCCCUCCCUGCACACCCACCUUCAGCCCCCGUCUCUGUGCACCCCCCUUGCUGCCCCCAUGCACUCAGUGCUCCCCACACACCCCCUGUCCCCCAGCAGUUCCCCCACCGCUGUGGGACCCCGGUUCAGUGCGCCCCAAAAUCUCUCCCUCCUUUCUCAGUGCUGCAAUGCCAUUUUUUUUUCCCAACUCAUCCACAGAUUUUUCGUGCAGCCGCUGAACCUUGCUCAGCGCCCCCGGGGUGCACAGAAAUGGGGUGCUCCCUCGCCCCCCACUGCUGAUGACUUCUCAUGUUUUCAGCCCAGUUUUUAUCCAUCCUACACCGAUUCCUGCCCGAGGUGUUUGCCCGUGGAGCUGGAGAGUCCCGCGGUGCCGCCAGCCCCGGCGGGAGCUGGGGGGAUGCCCAGAGCACCCCAAAACCGGGCACCGCGGCAGAGGCCAUCGUGGAUAACACCCUGCAAGGAGGGUUUUACCCCAAAAAUCAAGACAAGGGCAUAGGGAAAGAGCAACCACAAAAUUGCAGUAAUUAAACUGAACUCAGCCAGGCAUCUGCACUGUGUGUUGCAGCUUUGUUCCCCAACGUGCAGCACCAAGCAGGCAGCCGCUGACCGAGGGCUCUCCUGCCCGGCGAUGGCGACUCCGGACGUCAGCGUGCACAUGGAGGAGGUGGUGGUGGUGACAACCCCCGAUGGUGCGGUGGACGGCAGCGGCGUGGAGGAGGUGAAGACGGUGCUGGUCACCACCAAUCUGUCCCAGCAUGGCGGGGACAUAAAUGAGGAUACACUGGAGACCGAAAAUGCGGCAGCUGCGGCUGCUGCUGCCUUCACAGCCUCCACACACCUGAAGGAAGCGGUCCUAGAAGUGAAGAUGGCUGAAGACGAGGACAGUUUGGAGGCAGAGAUUGUCUACCCCAUCACCUGUGGGGACAGCAAAGCCAACCUCAUCUGGAGGAAGUUUGUGUGCCCCGGGAUCAAUGUGAAGUGUGUGCAGUUUGACGAUCACCUCAUCAGUCCCAAGGAGUUUGUGCACUUGGCGGGCAAGUCCACCCUGAAGGACUGGAAGCGGGCGAUUCGCAUGAACGGGAUCAUGCUCCGGAAGAUCAUGGACUCGGGAGAGCUGGAUUUCUACCAGCACACGAAGGUCUGUUCCAACACCUGCCGGAGCACCAAAAUUGACCUGACGGGAGCCCGGGUGUCCUUGAGCAGCCAGACAUCCACCGAAUACAUCCCCCUCACGCCCGCCUCUGCCGAUGUGAACGGAUCCCCGGCUACGAUUACCAUAGAAACGUGCGAGGACGCCAGCGACUGGAGCAGCAGCGUCGGAGAUGACACCUUUGCUUUCUGGAGAGGCCUGAAAGACACAGGUCUGCUGGAGGACAUCAUCCAGGAGUUCCAGCAGGAGCUGCUGGAGACCAUGAAGGGUUUGCAGCAGCGAGCGCAGGAGCCCCCGUUGCAGCUGGGUGAUGCUGUUUUACUCAACAACGUGGUCCAGAACUUCGGUAUGCUGGAUCUGGUCAAGAAGGUCCUGGCCAGCCACAAGUGCCAGAUGGAUCGCUCACGGGAGCAGUACGCACGGGAUUUGGCAGCCCUGGAGCAGCAGUGUGAUGAGCACCGCAAGCGAGCCAAGGAGCUGAAGCACAAAUCACAGCAUCUCAACAAUGUCCUGAUGACCCUCACGCCUGUCUCUGUCCCCGCGCCAUUGAAACGUCCCAGGCUGACCAGGGCCACCUCCGGACCGGCUGCCAUCACCUCCCAAGUCCUGUCCCAGCCGGCGCAGCUCGCCGUCACCCCCGGUGUCCCCGUCUCCCAACUCGCCAACCUCCCUCUCGGCAAAGUGGUCUCAGCCCUCCCGCCCUCGGUGCUGGGGAAGAGCCCGGCACAGCCGCCCGCCGCCAGCUCUCCGGCCUCCCCGCUGCUGGGGGGGUACACGGUCUUGGCCUCCGCCGGCUCCACCUUCCCCGGGACGGUGGAGAUUCACCCGGACGCUUCCAACCUGACGGUGCUGAGCACGGCGGCGGCGCAGGACGGCAGCACGGUGGUGAAGGUGGUGAGCCCCUUCCAGCUGCUCACACUGCCGGGACUUGGCACUACCAUCCAGAACGUGACACAAGUGGCUCCCGCUGGGAGCACGGUCGUGACCGUCCCCUCCGGUGCCACCGAGGCCGCUGGGGAUGAGCAAGCGGCCACCGCCAUUGAGGUGACUGCAGUGGCCGACGAGGUGGAGCAGAAGUGAAAGGGGGGACUUGCCCGGAGGGGACGCUGGCCGUGCCGCUCGGGGGAACUGCCUUUUCUCUGCGCUGUGGGACGAGGAGCGGUGUAAUAAGCUUAACGAGACUCAGCGGCUCGCAUUGGCAACGAGGAGGUUCAGGUCAGAGGGAAGGAGCAUGAAGAGAGACACCUGGAGAAGGGAAAGGCAAAGAUGCUCUGCCCUGUUUGGAUGAGAGAAAAAAAGAAAAAAAGCUUAAUUUUUUAUAAAGCUUUCCUCCCCUGUUCUCUUGGAAUAGUUAUUCUGUUGUAGCUUGUCAGCCCGAGCUGGAGCAGCAUCCGAGGAGCAGGGGUGCAGGGCAGGAGCGGUGGCAGGGACAGGCAAAGCAGGUGAAGCGCUGGGAUGGCACCGGUCCGGCUGCCGAGGGUCCAGCUGCCAAGGGUCCAGCGGGACUUGACAGGACACAUCCAGGAGCCCUGGGAGAGGGGACACUGGGGUGUCUGUGGGGUUCGAGUGCAGCGUGGGCACAAGGCGGGUGGCAGCAGUGAGUGGGAGCUCCUGUGGCAGCGGCCAGUGGGUCACCCAGGUCUGUGGGGCAGAGAAACUCAGAGGGCCACGCAGAGCUGUGGUUUCUGAGAAUUUCUAGUUUUUUUCAAAAAACAAGUCUGUUCUUUGGGAUUAUUUUUAAGCAAAGCCCUUUGGUUGUGAAGAUCGUGCUGUGAGGCAAGAUGAGCUGAAUGGCCACACUCUGAGGAGCUUGCACUUCCUAACGAGGUGGGACACUGGUGCAGGAUCAGCCGGUCCCCAGCAUCUCGUCAGGUCCUGCAUCCCGCGGGUUGGAGCAGCCGCUCACAACGGGGUGGUCGACACCCCAGUUUGACCAUUCCACUGGCUGCAAGUCCCCCAGUUGCCCCGUUCGGGGCACACGCGGCCGCAGCCACAGUCACACCGUCAGGAGUCGGGAGUUGAAGUGUUUGUUGGCGUUUCUACAAACUUGAUCUGGCAGCUGCAGCGAUGACAGGUCACUUUAAUGAGCUAAUAAAUAUUUUUUUGAACGAGCA